GCGGAGGCGUGGCUGCACGCGGAGGCCGCGGACAAGGCCCGAAAUUAAAUGGAAAAACGUGACCGGGUCCGCACCAGCUGCGUACGCUGGCAGCGACGGUGCGGGGGAGGUGGACGACGGCGGAGAGAGCGACGGGGACGAGGAGAUAGAGUUUGCUGUGAUCGACCUUAUAAGCGAUGUGGUGCGGUCCGAUGACCUGGAGUUGAUUCGUGUUGACUGCCUCGCAAAGAGUGCCACAGUGGCCGGUGCCCCUGUGUGUCUCCUCCUCGACGUUGCCCUCAGCGCCUUCGUCCUUCGUUCCUUUCGUCCGCUCACCAUCUCCGCGUGCGCGCUCUCUACCCUAGCUCCUCGCUUAACCUCCCCGCCCGUUCUAUACUACUUUCUGCCUAUUCCUAUCCUACCUCGUGCCAUGAACUUUGUUGCGUCGUCUCAACGAGCCUUUGAACCGCAUCCUCAUUCAGAGUUGACUCAGUUGCCCCCGAUCCACGCUCCCGACUCCCGAAUCGCCAUGCACCACGCCACCACCUUUGACGACGUGCCCAUCCUUCCUCCCCUCGCGUCGCCGUCGUCGGUCGCGUCCAACGCGCCCCCGUCCUCCGCGCAGACGGUUGAUCGUGCCAGCGCACCGCCCUCAAAUAUGCCCCAGACUCGCUGUUACUGGAGCCUUCUCACCCCCGACCUCCAUUUCCUGUACCUCGACCCCGUCCUCACAGAUCACCUUCACGAACAGGCGGAUGAGCUCCUGGGCAAGUCCCUCCUCGAAUUCGUUCAUCCAGACGAACAGGCGUCUGCCAAGCUCGACCUUGGAAGCGUGUUGGAGAGUCGUACCCUGCACGGCAGCGUCACCCGAGUGCGUUACUCCAGGCUCUCGCGUAUCCGCGAGCAGCUCGGGUAUAAAGGGUCCAUGGAGGACUGUCGAGUCAUCGACAAAGUAUCUGUCGACGAUAAUUACAUGGCGGUUGACAUCGUCAUCAACUGGGCGUCGGAUGGGUUAGUGCUAUGCUUUAUCCAUGCGGCCGUCGACAUGACGGACCGCGACAACGAUGAACACGACAAAACGGGGUGGUCUAAUUGGUGUGGUACACCGCUUAUGAGCAUGGACCAAGUACAGCUUUUGUAUCAACGGCUCCUCUCUGCCGUGCCGCAGCCACUCUCAAUGUCGCGGGUCUUCCAAAUACUGCUUAAUCAGCCGGAACGUUCCCUCUGGAUGAGCUGGCCUCCUGAGCAGCAGGAUCACGGUGGACCUACCUCCAAGGACUUUGCAAGACUUGCCCAGGACGUUAAAAUAAGCGACGCCGUCUCAAGUGUGGACGCAAAGACUAGUUGUACAAGACGGUACAAAGCGCAGCAGAUCAUGCACUUCGGAGUGGACAACAGCAAAGAAGUCGAAAGUAUAUUCAUCCCUCACGGGUCCAUAAUAUUCGCUUGCCAUAAAGUCCACGCUAGUACUCGACCGUUGAAUCCGAAUAACGCAGCAACGGCGUCAGGCCACCACUACCCAUCUCAGGGCGCUCAGCCGUACUACGACCAGGGGCAUCAUUCGUACAGCCUGCCGCCCGUACCUGCGCCAUCGUCUCACUACAACGGCUUCGCUGUUCCGCCUCAUCAUGUGCCUUCGCACUAUCCCCCAAGUAAUUGGUCUCACCCGCCCGGCAGCCCGAACUCGGCUCACUACAAUUGGAACUCUCACAACGGUUCUUUGGCCUCAGUCCCAUCGGUCAGCAGCGUUCGAUCCUCUUCCUAUUCAGCAACUCCUCAACAACACCAGUGGCCGUCACAACCGCCCUCCUAUUUGGACACAAAUUCUGCAACGGCGCAGUUCCCUGGGUCUGCCCCACCUUCAGGCUCGCCCUACCCUCCACCUGCUGCUGUAAAUGAAGACACGCCGCCUUCGCCUGGAAGUGACUACGUGCCUCCCUCGAGGGUGGUACACAGACGUGGCUCGAACAACACCCGGGACCAGUAUGGGAGCGGAGGCCGGAGCGCGGGCAACCCACCUGUGGGCAUCUCACGGUGCUCGAGCUGCAAGGUGACGCAUAGCCCCGAAUGGAGGAAGGGGCCCAGUGGUAAAAAGGAUCUAUGCAAUGCGUGCGGUCUCCGCUAUGCGCGGUCCCGUGCCAAGAAGGAAGGUGCGCCUGCCGCGCAACAGACACGCCGGCGCAAGGACAGGGUGUUCAGCGCCAUACAGAAAGAUCACUCCCCCUCGGGUUCACCCGUCCCCGCGGGAUAUUCUAACGCCCGUCACGGUGGGUACUACGAUGAUGGAUCGUUCGCUACCUCGUCAUCGAACGGGUCGCCAGCGGCGAGCGAGAUGUACGCGCCCCACGCUCCACCUCCACAAGGGCAUCAUGGCUUCCACAACGGCAUGUCGCCCUCGCCCUCGCCACCGAAUGGGGCGGUGCCGUACAUCCCGUACGCUCACCAUUCUCAUCACCACCAAAAUGCGCAUGCCGAUGGACGGCAGCACUACGGCGGACAGCCGCAGGGAAUGCCUUUCUACGCGGGACCGCCGCCGCCGCCGCCGUCGGCACACCCUGCCGGGACGCAUGUGCACGGCCAUCCUACUGGCACGCCGCACAUGGAGCAGGGUGCUGUAUACUCUACAGCGCAUGCAGACUCGCCGGUAUCACCUGUUGCGGAGUCGCCGGCGAGUGCGGGCUUGUCGACUUCGUCCUUUGAACGUGAGAGGCGCACCCGAGAUCAUGACAGAAAUGACUCACAGCCCAGCCCAGGGUCCGCAGAUGCACAUCACGCGUCGAAUAGGUCGAGCUAUGGCCAGGAGUAAAAGUGGGUCGGUCUGGCGUCUCGCCUUCAUUGACGGUGAUCGUCGCCGUUCAAGGUCUUAUCGUCUCGACUUUCUAUCGCAGCUAAAGACUAUGUAAUUCGUUCUUCGUCCUUCGGAGAAGGGUCAUUCGUCUAUUCUACUUUAACGGCUCGCUUCUUAUUCCACUAUCCACUAUCCCAUAAGCAUAUGUCUUCCUUUCGAAGAUAUAUAUUUAUCGUAUUCUCUCCCUGUUCGCGUUCUACACUAUUCUGAACCACUGUGCGAUGCACGUCACUCGCCCAGCGUAUGGGGUUUCGUAACAUCGCCUGCAGAGUGUUCGCUAUGUACUGUAUCAUAAGCCAUUGUUAUAGACACUCGUUUUCGCCAGUAAUCCCAUUGGGUCGUCGAAGUUAUUGGCUAGAUC